UGGCCAGAUGGAGCCUUGUUUGUUUUGAAGUAGGUGACUGCUGCUGAGCGCAGGGACUGCCGGUGUAAGUGUGUGUCUGAGACUUCAUGAGAGCACAACAUCACUGUUUUCUGGUUGUAGCUGCUCUUCACUCUAUGCAGUUCAAGGUCAGGAAGAUCCAGCAGCAGCCUCAGGGAACUGUCCCAUCUGGAUCUCAGGACCCGCAGAGGCAGGUGGGCAUAAGUGUCCCUGUUGUAGCGCACAGCCUCGCUAUAGAGCGACACUAUGCCGGGCUAUAGGACUGUGAAGAGGAUGUGAGGCCUGGACUACUUUCAAUACCUCCCACAGCAGCGUCACUUCUCUCCCAGCCUGAACUUGUGUCGGAGAACAGGACAGGGAAUGGGCCCAGCCUCACUGCAGGAGGAGAGAGAGCCGGAGAAAGACUCCAGGGAGGAGAUGGAGAGCUACCACUACCUCCUGCAGGCCGGCUCUCAGCUGGAGAGCACUCUGCAGCAGGUGACUGUGCCGGUAAGCAUGAAGGAGGUGGGGGGAUACAUACAGAAACAGGUGGCAUACUUGUCAGGGGGCCGUGGGGAAGACUCAAGUGUGAUCGUCACCCUCCCAGAAUGCUCUGCUUUCAUUGACAUUCCAGAGGAAGCUUUAGCCAAAGUCUUCACAUACCUCACUCUCAUCCCUCGAACUAGGCAGCCUGGAGUAAAAUUUAUCAUCAUUUUAGACCGACGACUGGAUACAUGGGCCUCAAUCAAAACUGCUCUUGCCAGGAUAGCUGCUUCCUUUCCCGGGAACCUCCACCUGGUCUUGGUGCUCCGACCCACCAGCUUCUUCCACCGCACUGUCACGGACAUUGGCUUUCGCUUCAGCCAAGAGGACUUCAUGCUCAAGAUGCCAGUGGUGAUGCUGAGCUCUGUCACAGACCUGCUGCACUACAUCGAUGAGAACCAGCUGACUUCAGAGUUUGGAGGCACUUUGGACUAUUGUCAUAGUGACUGGAUUGUUUUAAGAACGGCCAUCGAAAGUUUUGCUGUGACAGUCAAAGACAUUGCACAGAUGCUUCAGGGCUUUGGCUCUGAGCUGGCAGAGACGGAGCUGCCUGAUGAGGGAAAGGUUAUCGAGUAUCUCCUCGAGUCUCACACUGAAAAGUACAGGAAACUCAAAGAUGCAAUCAGAUCGGUGUCGAAGGAGGGUCGUCAUCUUCUCUUAAGCCUGGAGACAUCUGGGAAAGAGGAUGACUCCCAGUGGGAUGUGAAGUUGGACUGGGAGACGGUACAGAGGCUUCUGGCACAGCUCAGAGACAUGGAGUCAGCCUUCGAUGGCUUCUUUGAGAAACAUCAUCUGAAACUCCAUCAGUACCUGCAGUUGCUCAGAUAUGAGCAAAGCUUUCAGGAGAUGGAGUUGUGUCUGGAGCACCUAAUGGCUCAGGAGAGGGAGCUGUCCAUAUCUGUAGACACUCUGGUCCUGACAGAACAGGCUCUGAAAAGGUUGGAGAGUGUGGAAUUAAAUGCACAGGAGGUGAUGGCUCGGGCUCAGAUCAUCAUUCUUCACGGACACCAGCUAUCCGCCGGUCAUCACUACGCCAUGGCUCUUAUUAUGCAACGCUGCAACGAGCUGCGCCACUACUGUGACACACUAAAUGCUGCUCUGAAGACCAAACACACAAGUCUUCUGCAAACACACCAGCUGCUGCUUUGCCUCGGACAGGCCCAAACUUGGUGUGAUGAUGGAGCGUAUAUGCUGGCCAAUCAGCUGGUAGAUAAGUUCCAGUCCAAGGAGGGAGCUCAGGCUGCUUUGAAAGAUAUUGAGAGGUUUCUGGAGGGGGCACCAUCUAUGCUGAGCUCUGGACCGGAUGUCCUGGCCAUCGAGUACGAGGCAGUCAUCACACAACAGCUGCAGGCUCAGAUUGGGGAAACAUUUGAGAAGCAUGCAGCAGUGCAGCAGAUGAUCCAGAACCGGCAGGCUUCUCUGAGGAAGCUGGCUGAUAAACAUGUGCGACCGGUCCAGCUGGUGGCUCCCAGGCCAGAAAACCCACCACGAGCCAAGUCCCCACUCUUCUCCCCCAAACAUGGUGAUGGUUUGAAGUUCACGUUCGACAUUUCUUUGCCUGGAAAGAGAGCAUCCCGAAAGAGCCCUAACCCCAGAAAAAUAGAGGUGAUUCACGACUUUCAGGAGAACCGGAGCUGCGUGUCAUAUGGUCUGGAGGGUGAGGACAGCCCGGAUCUCUUGAAGCGUCAUGUGAUGAGGGAACUCAUAGAGACGGAGAGGAUCUAUGUGGAGGAGCUGCUGUCAGUUCUACUGGGUUACAGGGCUGAGAUGGACAACGCAGCUCUGUCAGGGCUUCUGCCCUCGAUCCUGCGCAGCAAGAGAGACAUCCUGUUUGGAAACAUGCCAGAGAUCUACAACUUUCACAGCAGGGUUUUUCUUCAGGACCUGGAAGGAUGCCUGGAGAAUCCUGAAGGUGUGGGCGCUUGCUUUCUGCAGCGGAAAGAGAGUUUCCAGAUGUAUGAGUGCUACUGUCAGAAUAAGCCUCGCUCUGAGGCGCUGUGGAGACAGUUUUCAGACUGUGCCUUCUUUCAGGAGUGUCAAAAAAAGCUGGAGCACAAACUGGGUCUGGACUCCUACCUGUUAAAACCAGUCCAGCGCCUCACUAAAUACCAGCUGCUGCUUAAGGAACUACUGAAAUACAGUUCAGACUGUGAGGGGACUUCUGACCUGCAGGGGGCGCUGACAGCAAUGCUGGACCUGCUCAAAUCAGUGAAUGACUCCAUGCAUCAGAUAGCCAUCACCGGAUAUGAGGGUGACAUUUGUGUGGGCCGCGUGUUGAUGCAGGGUUCCUUCAGCGUGUGGAUCAGCCAUAAGAAAGGUCCCACACGCAUGAAGGAGCUGACUCGCUUCAAGCCGAUGCAGAGACACCUCUUCCUGUACGAGAGAGCUCUGCUCUUCUGCAAGAGGAGGGAGGAGCACGGAGAGGGCUGCGACAAGACGCCCUCGUACAGCUUCAAGAACUGUUUAAAGAUGACUGCUGUGGGGAUCACAGAGAAUGUCAAAGGAGAUGUGAAGAAGUUUGAGAUCUGGUACAGUGGCAGGGAGGAGGUGUACGUGGUUCAGGCUCCUGCAGUGGAGGUGAAGAUGGCCUGGCUCAAUGAGCUUCGCAGAAUCCUGACCAACCAGCAGAAGCUGCUCAGAGAUGAAGCAUAUCAACAUGGACAAAUGGUUGGACACAUGCAGCUUUCUCCCCCCUACUCAGAGAGCAAGCAGCAGAGGGCGUCAGUGAGCUCAGGAGACACGGAGUCAGGGAGGAGCAGUCCAGACCCCCAGCCUUACUCCCCUAAACACCAGCACAAUCGCAGGAGUUGGCCCGGAGCUCCUCAUUCAGUAGACAUCUGCGAGGGUCUGGAGGAGUGGCCUGGAGGUCAGGACGCCUUCCACCCAUCUGACAUGGAGGAGGAGGUUUUGGUUACAUUGUCUCCGGGCAGAUACAGGGCUUCGGCUGACUGUCUUCAAAACGGACCAGAAAGCAUCACCAUCAAAUAUGGCGACGUCAUCCAGCUGCAGUGUGAAGACAACAGGGGGCGCUGGUUAGUAAAGAAUCUGAGUCAGCGACAGGAGGGCUUCAUAGCAGCUGCCAGUCUGCGGUUGAUUUUAGCAGACAGCAGUCGAGGACACCACAUCAGACUAGGGGACCCAGGUACCCAAAAGGCAAGAAAGCUCAGCUCUCCAUAAAAGCACAUGUGAAUCUUAUAUUUACCUGUGGAUGGUGACCACAGAAGGAACACAUUGAGCCAUAGCUGUCCAAAUCUUCUUUCUCCGUUGCUGCCUGCUUUCUUCAGCACAUUUCAAUCAUUGAAGGAAUCAUGUGGGAAUCUACAGACCUGAUAUUCCUUCAGUUUUUUGACUGAUGAUGGUCUGGGCCAGUGUUUUCUGACAGUGUAUGCUGUGACAGCGGCGAAAAGGCUCAGGAACUGUUUAGCCCUAUUGGACAAUCAACAGCAGAUACCUGGAUCCUGAUUGGUCUUCCUCUUUUCUAAAUUGUGUUUUUUUGUCCUUCUGGAGUUCAGUCUGCAACACGAAAGUAUGUCAAGAAGUGCAGUCCUGUCCCAAUCUGUGGACAAAUUUCAACCUAUCAGCUACAUCAACAUUUCCCACAGUGUGUGUUCCUGUUAUUCUCUGUGUGUUCUCGAUGGGCAGUAACCCAGGAUUUGCCUGAAACAUUUCUUAAAGCAGGAAUUUUUGUACAUGUUUGUGUCAUUUUUAACAUCAACUGUAUGUCAGUGUUUCAUCUUUGUGCAGCCAGUUGACAUUUUCCAUUGAACUACUCUUACUGUAUUUUUCUUAAAUGUCAUACCUUAAGGCACCUUUUCUUCUGUACAAUGUAGGAGUUAAAAUGCCAAAAUGUGCCAUGCCAUAUUGCCUUUUUUAUUCCUGCUCUUUGUAAUCUUCGUUUGCAAGAUCAAAUAUUGUGUUAUUGCUUCGACCUGACCUCACAAAUAUCCAACAGGCACUUUAAUUGAGACUGAAAAAUCCACUGUUUGCCUCCUGAAUGUGUGCUUUGCUUGCAGCUUUACCUCAGUCACUGUGUAAUUGUCCUUAUUCACGCUGUAUUCUCCUUUGUUUAUUGAAUUUAUGAUGUGUUGGGAGGCAAUGGAGACAUACCCCCCUGCAUGCAGGCAGUGUUUGACAUGUCACUGAUGCUAAUACACCGUCAGAAAUGAUAAAGAUUGAUUGCAGUCUUUUCCUCUGUGGUUGCCAAAGAUGAGUUUUAGGUUCAUGCCACAGAGCACCAAACUCUGUUAUCCUCUUCAGGAUCUUUUGGGAGCCUGAUGUCAGUCAUGGCUAAAACAAAAAUGGAAGAGUGAGGUAGAGCAAAAGAAAGAGAGGGAUAUAGAUUGUGCUGCAAGUAGCCCUCCAUCACAGAGGCAGACUGUUUCCUCCUCACCAUUACAGCCCAGCUAAUCUCGGUUUGCCAUUAAAAGGGAUCAUACAGCUAACACGAAAUAUAGCCUCUGUGUUGAACGCUUAAUUAAAUAUUGAUUGCAGACUUAUAUGAAUUUACCACAUCAAAUCGGGGCCCCAGUCGGAGGGCUGCCUUUGAUACACUGCGUUUGAUAUGGAAAUUAGUUUAGAAAGCAGCAGGGGCUGCUGUGCACUACACAUUUCCUAUGUUGUUAAUUUAUUUAUUUUGCUGUCAUGUUGUUCCUUCAUAUUGUGAGGUAUCUGUGCAGCCCCCCAAAGACAUAACAUCUCCAUUUAUUUCCUGGAGUUACGCUCCACUGCACAUCAAAAUCCUAUUCCAUUCCUUUUUAACUUGUAUUGUAAAAUCCGAUGGUUUCUUUGUAAUUGUAAUCCAAAAUGCUGCAUAUCUUUGCACAGCUUUUCCAUGUUGGAAAACAAACAAAAAACUGGCUUCAAUAUCAUGUACCUGAUGAGGAAAGUAGCCGAAGCUUGUUGCUGAAUGUUCCUUUAACAUGAAAAUGCAUGGCAACUGAUCAACUAGCAGAUUUUAUAUUGAAAGACACUCACUGUUCUAAACAGACUUUUUUUCUACAGCUUUAGUACAUCAGAAAAUAAUCACAGAAAAUGAUUCAUGGCAAUAACUAAUUCAUUUAGGUAGCUAAAAGCAUUCAAGACAUGUUUUAACGGUUACGUGUUGGCUGAAAAGUAAGGCUGCUUCUUUUCAUACACCCUGAUUUAACCCUUUCUUUUUGUUGUCUUGUUUUAAUGAAAGCAGACAUGUAAUAAAAUUGUACAGACUUUUCUCCA